CAGACCAUCCCGUUGAAAAGAAAAAAAGAACAAGAAAAGCCCUCUGACUUUUCCCCCCCUCUCCCUCCUCAAUGGCUGUGUAGCAGGCGUCCCCGGCGACAUCUCGGGAGGGACAGAGUUGGUGCGCGGUGGCAAUUUCGUGGGUCGAGUUCCCAGCCGGGAGUGCGGGGCUCGGAGAUGGAGCCGUGGUCCUCCAGGUGGAAGACGAAGCGGUGGCUCUGGGACCUCGCCGUGACAACCCUCACCUUGACUUUUCUCCUCCAGGCCGGAGGGGUCAGCGGAGCUGCUCCAGUUGAUGUACUAAAAGCACUAGAUUUUCACAAUUCUCCAGAGGGAAUAUCAAAAACAACAGGAUUUUGCACAAACAGGAAGAAUUCUAAAGGUUCAGAUACUGCUUAUAGAGUUUCAAAGCAAGCACAACUCAGCGCCCCAACAAAACAGUUAUUUCCAGGUGGAACUUUUCCAGAAGACUUUUCAAUAUUAUUUACAGUAAAACCCAAAAAAGGAAUUCAGUCUUUCCUUUUAUCUAUAUACAAUGAACAUGGGAUUCAGCAAGUUGGCGUUGAGGUUGGGAGAUCCCCUGUUUUUCUAUUUGAAGACCACACUGGAAAACCUGCCCCAGAGGACUAUCCCCUCUUCAGAACUGUUAACAUCGCUGAUGGGAAGUGGCACCGGGUAGCAAUCAGCGUGGAGAAGAAAACUGUGACAAUGAUUGUUGAUUGUAAGAAAAAAACCACAAAACCACUUGAUAGAAGUGAGAGAGCCAUUGUUGAUACCAAUGGAAUCACGGUUUUUGGAACAAGGAUUUUGGAUGAAGAAGUUUUUGAGGGGGACAUCCAGCAGUUUUUGAUCACAGGGGACCCGAAGGCAGCAUACGACUACUGUGAGCAUUAUAGUCCAGACUGUGACUCUUCAGCACCCAAGGCUGCUCAGGCUCAAGAACCUGAGAUAGACGAGUAUGCACCUGAGGAUAUAAUCGAAUAUGACUAUGAGUAUGGGGAAGCAGAAUAUAAAGAGGCUGAAAGUGUAACAGAGGGACCCCCUGUAACUGAAGAGACAGUAGCGCAGACGGAGGCAAAUAUUGUUGAUGAUUUUCAAGAAUACAACUAUGGAACAAUGGAAAGUUACCAGACAGAAUCUCCUAGGCGUGUAUCAGGAUUGAAUGAGCCAAAUCCAGUUGAAGAAAUAUUCACUGAAGAAUAUCUAACUGGAGAGGAUUAUGAUUCACAGAGGAAAAAUCCCGAGGAUACAUUAUAUGAAAACAAAGAAAUAGACGGCAGGGACUCUGAUCUUCUGGUAGAUGGAGAUUUAGGCGAAUAUGAUUUUUAUGAAUAUAAGGAUUAUGAAGACAAACCAACAAGUCCCCCUAAUGAGGAGUUUGGUCCAGGUGUACCAGCAGAAACUGAUAUUACAGAAACAAGCAUAAAUGGCCAUGGUGUAUAUGGAGAAAAAGGACAGAAAGGCGAGCCAGCUGUGGUUGAGCCUGGGAUGCUUGUUGAAGGACCACCGGGGCCCGCAGGACCUGCAGGUCUGAUGGGUCCUCCCGGUCUACAAGGCCCCACUGGACCCCCUGGUGACCCUGGCGAUAGGGGCCCUCCAGGACGUCCUGGCUUACCAGGAGCUGAUGGUCUACCUGGUCCUCCUGGUACUAUGUUGAUGUUACCGUUCCGUUAUGGCGGCGAUGGUUCCAAAGGGCCAACCAUCUCUGCUCAAGAAGCUCAGGCUCAGGCGAUUCUUCAGCAGGCUCGGAUUGCUCUGAGAGGCCCACCUGGCCCAAUGGGUCUAACUGGAAGACCAGGUCCUGUGGGGGGACCUGGUUCAUCUGGGGCCAAGGGUGAGAGUGGUGAUCCUGGUCCUCAGGGUCCUCGAGGUGUUCAGGGUCCCCCUGGUCUGACAGGAAAACCUGGAAAGAGGGGUCGUCCCGGUGCUGAUGGAGGAAGAGGAAUGCCAGGAGAACCUGGGGCAAAGGGAGAUCGAGGGUUUGAUGGACUUCCGGGUCUACCGGGUGACAAAGGUCACAGGGGUGAACGAGGUUCCCAAGGUCCUCCAGGUCCUCCUGGUGAUGAUGGAAUGAGGGGAGAAGAUGGAGAAAUCGGACCAAGGGGUCUUCCAGGUGAAGCUGGUCCACGAGGAUUGCUGGGACCAAGGGGAACACCAGGAUCGCCAGGGCAGCCUGGUAUGGCAGGUGUAGAUGGCCCUCCAGGACCAAAAGGGAACAUGGGUCCCCAAGGGGAGCCUGGACCUCCAGGUCAGCAAGGGAAUCCAGGACCUCAAGGUCUACCUGGUCCACAAGGUCCGAUUGGUCCUCCUGGUGAAAAGGGACCACAAGGGAAACCAGGACUUGCUGGACUUAAUGGUGCUGAUGGCCCUCCCGGCCAUCCUGGCAAAGAAGGCCAGUCUGGAGAAAAGGGCGCUCUGGGUCCUCCUGGUCCACAAGGUCCUAUUGGCUACCCUGGCCCCCGAGGAGUAAAGGGAGCAGAUGGUGUCAGAGGUCUCAAGGGAUCUAAAGGUGAAAAGGGUGAAGAUGGUUUUCCAGGAUUCAAAGGUGACAUGGGUCUUAAAGGUGACAGAGGAGAAGUCGGUCAAGUUGGUCCAAGAGGGGAAGAUGGCCCAGAAGGCCCCAAAGGUCGAGCAGGCCCAACGGGAGACGCAGGACCAUCCGGUCAAGCAGGAGAAAAGGGAAAACUUGGAGUUCCAGGAUUACCAGGAUAUCCAGGAAGACAAGGUCCAAAGGGGUCCACUGGAUUCCCUGGGUUUCCAGGUGCCAAUGGAGAGAAAGGUGCACGGGGAGUAGCUGGCAAGCCAGGCCCUCGGGGUCAGCGUGGUCCCACGGGUCCUCGAGGGUCCAGAGGCGCUAGAGGCCCCACUGGGAAACCCGGGCCAAAGGGCACUUCCGGCGGUGAUGGCCCUCCAGGCCCUCCAGGUGAAAGAGGUCCUCAAGGACCUCAGGGUCCAGUCGGAUUCCCUGGACCAAAAGGCCCUCCUGGACCCCCUGGGAAGGAUGGGCUGCCAGGACACCCUGGACAACGCGGAGAGACUGGAUUUCAAGGCAAGACUGGCCCGCCUGGCCCUGGAGGAGUGGUCGGCCCACAGGGACCCACUGGUGAGACUGGCCCGAUAGGUGAACGUGGGCAUCCUGGCCCUCCCGGCCCUCCUGGUGAGCAAGGUCUUCCUGGUGCUGCUGGAAAAGAAGGUGCAAAGGGUGACCCAGGUCCUCAGGGUAUCUCAGGGAAAGAUGGACCAGCAGGACUACGAGGUUUCCCAGGUGAAAGAGGUCUUCCUGGAGCUCAGGGUGCACCAGGACUAAAAGGAGGAGAAGGUCCCCAGGGCCCACCAGGUCCAGUUGGGUCACCAGGAGAACGUGGAUCUGCAGGUACGGCUGGCCCAAUUGGUUUACCCGGGCGUCCAGGACCACAGGGUCCCCCUGGGCCCGCUGGAGAGAAAGGUGCUCCUGGAGAAAAAGGUCCCCAAGGUCCUGCAGGGAGAGAUGGAGUACAAGGUCCCGUGGGUCUCCCAGGACCUGCUGGUCCUGCGGGCUCCCCUGGAGAAGAUGGAGAUAAGGGUGAAAUUGGUGAGCCGGGACAAAAAGGCAGCAAAGGUGACAAGGGAGAAAAUGGUCCUCCUGGUCCCCCGGGUCUUCAAGGACCAGUUGGCGCUCCUGGAAUUGCUGGAGGUGAUGGUGAACCAGGUCCCAGAGGACAGCAGGGGAUGUUUGGACAGAAAGGGGACGAGGGUGCCAGAGGUUUUCCUGGGCCUCCUGGUCCCAUCGGUCUUCAGGGUCUGCCAGGCCCACCUGGUGAAAAAGGUGAAAACGGGGAUGUUGGUCCCAUGGGUCCACCUGGUCCUCCAGGCCCAAGGGGCCCACAAGGUCCCAAUGGAGCUGAUGGACCCCAAGGACCCCCAGGAUCUGUUGGUUCUGUUGGUGGUGUAGGAGAAAAGGGUGAACCUGGGGAAUCAGGGAACCCAGGCCCUCCUGGGGAAGCAGGCACCGGGGGUCCCAAAGGAGAAAGAGGAGAGAAAGGAGAAGCUGGUCCCCCUGGAGCUGCUGGACCCCCUGGUGCUAAGGGGCCACCAGGUGACGAUGGCCCUAAGGGUAACCCGGGUCCUGUUGGUUUUCCUGGAGAUCCUGGUCCUCCUGGGGAGCCUGGCCCUGCAGGUCAAGAUGGUGUUGGUGGUGACAAGGGUGAGGAUGGAGACCCUGGGCAACCGGGUCCUCCUGGUCCAUCUGGUGAGGCUGGCCCACCAGGACCUCCUGGAAAAAGAGGUCCUCCGGGAGCGGCAGGUGCAGAGGGAAGACAGGGUGAAAAAGGCGCUAAGGGAGAGGCUGGAGCGGAAGGUCCAGCUGGAAAAACCGGCCCAGUUGGUCCUCAGGGACCUGCUGGAAAGCCUGGUCCAGAAGGACUUCGGGGCAUCCCUGGCCCUGUGGGAGAACAAGGUCUCCCUGGAGCCGCAGGCCAAGAUGGACCACCUGGUCCCAUG